UCAAAAGAUGCGAGACUUCGCAUUCGCGCUGUGGUUCGUCGGUUCUUCAUUACAACAACAACAAAAGAAACAACACGGGGCACGUGUGCACCGCGUCUAGCACCGAGAUGGACUGUUUUCGCGAAUAUGAGUGUCUCAAUCGCAUUUCUAUACUCCGCGAUAUCCUGGUUCUGGAGCGCGCAGAGUUGAUAACAACCCAACUGUCAAGCCUGCGGAAAAAGUUAUAUAUGUCCUCGCUCUCCCGCGGAUUCCAGGCUUCUGAAGACAACCAGGCUUCGCUCCUUCAUUCACUUGCCCACUCCAAGUCGUUCCUUUUCCAUUCUACCUACUGCGGGGAUCCUCUCUCGACUGCUAAUUAACCCUAAACAUAUAUAUAAGUCUUCAAUCAUUUAUUCCCAAGACACCUUCUCUUGACACAUUCCCAAAAUGGCACCCCUUUUCUCCUGGCGCCAGGCCAUCGUGGCCGCUCUCUUCGUCACCGGGCAGGCUGCCCCCCUUCUCCAGGCAAGGCAGCACGUCCGCAAGUCGGACCAGACUCAGACCGUGGAUUCUGCGGCUCUUCAGACUCUUCUGCAGGGACUCGUGGCCGGCAUAGGGGCGGGGGCGGGAGCUCCCCCUGCUGUCACGGUCCCUGACAUCAAGUCCACCCAAGGCGUGCUCGCACCGCCGGUUCUCCCCUCUCGCGGCCACGACAAUGAUGGCACUAGCGGCAUUAGCAAGAGGGCCGACACUGCCGAGUCCGGCGAAAGCAAGCUCCCAGAGGGGUUGCUCGAAAAGAUCAACAAGGACGGCAUCACCGUAAAAGGUGUCGUGGACGGCACGGUCAACUUCGUCAAGCCCCUCAUCACCAGCCAACAGAGCACCGACGGAACCAACGACGACAACGUGGACCUGGCGGAUAUCGUCGGUCUUCUCACCGGCAACGAAAACUCCGCAGAGAAAGUUGAGAACGGUUUCGAAGGGCGUGAGAGCUCCCUUGAUGAGUUGUUCGGCGAGAAAGAAGGCGACAACGAAAGUGGCAACGACGAAGAAGGCAACGACGAAAUCGGCAACGACGAAAUCGGCAACGACGAAGAAGGCGACGACGAAAUCGGCAUGAGCAGCAGCAGCAAGAGCAAGGUCAAACGCAAGGUUGUUGCGCGAGCUGAAGAAGAAGAGGACCCGACCUUGAUGGAGGUCCUCCUCAAGCUCCUUGGUGUUCCCAACAGCGAGGAGGAAAGUGGCGCCAACUGACGACAACGAACGCCCAUGAUGGCCAGAAUGAUCAUGGAUACGGGGAACGAACAUGUUGAUGCCGAGAGGUCGGUGGUUCUUCGGUCGGCCGGGCUGAGGUCGCGUGCCCGGCUGCUGAUGCCAACGGCCCUGACUUGAUCGUGUGCUUGGGCAAUGUCCAAGAUAACCAUUGAGGAUACCAAGCGGAGUGGUGACGUUUCCAUUCUGUGGUUGUCUCUGUAUUAAUUAAUUUACACUUACAUUACUGCGGCAGUGUUUAGCGGAGGAACAUGAAGAUGGCUCAUCAACUGAAGCAGCUAAGAUGUGAAAUGGGCAAUCUCAUAUUACCUUGUGGUGACUUAUUGAUCGGAAUAAUGCUAUGCCUCGGUAGAUACUAGAUGCCUUUUGGGCGCUUCCGAAGACCGUCUUGCCAGCUCAUACCGCUCUCAUGGUGUGUAAAGAUAGGUUUGGUGAGGAUCCCUCUAUAUGGCAGAGCUUACAACAACAACAACAACAACAAAUGACGCUCG